AUGUAUUCGCAACGUCAUUUCGCUGAUGCAAUUACAGUCCUGGAUCCGCAGCAACGAGCUCGGAUUGACCGUUCUGAAAUGGCGCGGGAACAAAUUGCGGAGUUUCACAUCAUGAACAUCAAUUUCUAUCCCAGAGAAUCCCGCUUGAUCACCUUCAAGGAUCCGUGGAGCUUCCCGGUCCUCUUCCACCCCGGCUGCAACAACUUGAUUCGGCAGCAUCUGGAAGACUUGGCGCAGAAGAUCGUUUCCCUUUGUGCUUCCUUGGGCGAGUACCCUGUGAUUCGAUACUACCGGCCCCGAUCACCCACCCACGAAGCCGGAGUUAUGUGCUCUCAUCUGGCGCGCUUUGUUCAAAAUGAACUGGAUCAGUUUGCGCAGUUCCAACGAGACUUUCCACCUCAGACAAACCGGCCUCGGGGCGUGCUCCUUGUCGUAGACCGCUCAAUGGAUCUAUUCGCCCCGCUCCUCCACGAGUUCACAUAUCAAGCUAUGGUCCAUGACUUGCUGCCUGUUAACGACGGUGACAAGGUAACUUACAAGACUGUUGUCAACGAAGGCAGCAAGAACGAGGAGGUCAAGGAGAUGGAAAUUGGAGAAGAUGAUAAAAUCUGGGUGGACUAUCGUCAUAUGCAUAUGAAAGAUCUGCUUGGGAGAUUGGGCGAGGAUUUCGCCAAGUUCCGAGCAGCAAACCCUCAAUUCGCAGACGACAACGAUAAACAGAACGUGAACACCAUCAAGGAUAUGUUGGCUGGACUGACAGAAUUCCAAGAGGGAAAGAACGCUUACACUUUGCACCUGAACAUGGCGCAAGAGUGUAUGAAACUUUUCCAAAGCCGUAAGCUUUUGGAAGUGAGCUCUAUUCAACAGUCAUUCGCCACAGGUCUGGACGAAAACUACAAGAAGGCGAAGAAUCUGGCAGCACAACUUGUGCAACUCCUGGACGACGACUCAGUUGUGCCUCCAGAUCGACUUCGACUGCUACUUCUCUACAUAAUCUACCGCAGUGGGCUGCUAGGCGGCGAUAUUCGCAAACUCAUGGCGCACGCAAACCUCCCGCCAAGGGACGGGGAGGUUAUUGCUAACCUCGAACUCCUUGGUGUUCGUGUAGAGAAGCCCUUGAGAGACGAAAAGCCACCCGUGCAGCCUCUUUUCAAUCGCCGAAACCCAGCUCCCGAGUCGGAAGAACUCAGCCUAAGUCGAUACGAGCUCGCCGUGAAACAAAUGCUCGAAGAACACAUUCAAGGCACCCUGGACCCAACAUCCUUCCCAUUCACCCGGCCUCACACUGAAACAGACGGUGCCCUUGCGGCGCAGGAAGUGCAAUCCCAACAGGCCUCUCUGCGUAGCGCAAAACCAACCUGGGCACGCACAAAAUCAGUCGACCAACCUCGCCAGCGGAUUAUCGUUUUCAUGGCUGGCGGAGCCACCUACGGCGAGUCUCGCGCCUGCUACGAAGUUUCGGCCGCAUAUAACCGAGAUGUUUACCUAGCCACAACACACAUGCUGACACCAGGUCUUUUCCUCCGCCAGGUGGCUGAUCUGAGCGUUGAUAGACGUCGCCUUGACCUUCCGUCCGAGCGGCCAAAACCAACUGCUCCGGCGCACCUCUUCGAGCGCGAAAGACAACCUUCUCCAGCUGCUCCGCCGCCACAAAAGAAGCCUGUCUCCACUGAUCAUCUCAACCCAAUGGCUCCAAAAGAAGCGCUGAGGCCUGGGUACUCUGCCAGCCCGAAUGGAAGCGGGAGCAACCAUUCCUCUGGAAGUGGCAAGCCUGAUAAGCAGGACAAGCAUGAGAAGAAAGACAAGGAGAAGAAAGAGAAGAAAGAGAAGAAGUAUCGAUUCUUCAAGUAG